CCUUGACACAGCUAUAAAUACGUGACUGCAGAGACUGGAGCAAGACGCGUUAAAAUUCCAGCCAGUUUGUCCUAUCAAAGACAAUAGAAAUCAAACAGACAUCGAUAUCUAGAGCCAAGAGCUGAAGAUCAUUUUCACCUGCUUUAUCGCCAGAUUCUGACUAAGAAAAUGGGGGCCAACAACUCCAGCUUACACCACCUGAGAACUAUACCCCAGAGACUUCAGUAUUUCAGUGAGAAUUGUCCAGACAAUGAAAUGUUUGUCUUCUAUACCAGUAAAGAACGCACAGCCUUCACAUCCAAACAGGUGUACGAUCUGGCAAGUCGUUUUGCUUGGUGGUUACACCAGCAAGGAUUCCAACGAUAUGACGUCAUUGCCAAUACUUUACCAAAUUCUCCAGAGCGGCUAAUCACAGACCUGGGGAUUAUGUUUGCGGGUUGCACGGCGCUAAACGGACAGAUACUUCUGGCAGACGGAGAAGAUUUCUUCUCUUCUGCUGUAACUAGUCGCUGCAAAGCUGUCAUCGUCUGCCCACGAGAGAACGAACCGGCUUGGAGACUUUUAAAAAGUGACGUCACAGGAAGCAUCUCGGGAUUGUUUGCUGACAUGUCAUGUAGCCGAUCCCAAGACCUGACGUCCGCUAUUCUUGUGUCCAGGGGCAAAGACAACCCUGGUUGCGCUGUCUUGGAAGAACUCACUUCUGGUUCUGGUGACACCUACGUAGAGGACGUUGAUCCUGAUGACGUCUUCAUGAUCUUCACUACCUCCGGUAGCACAGGAUAUUCCAAGAUGGUGCCCCGAACACAUCGCUGGAUCUUCGACUCGUGUGAUUCCUUCGAAGAGGCUUCCUCGUUUAGCGAACUUCGUAACCACGAAAAUGACGCCGCAUUCAACGACAGGCCUUUGGGUUGGUUGGGAGGAUACCCAACCUCAAGUUUUGCGCAAGCAGAUAAACGGGUACUGUUGGAUACAUUGUACCGGUCUCGGGAAACAAGCGCUGCCAGGGCAGCUGUUACAUGGAAUGCCAUCCUCAAGGAGAGGUGCAAACUUGCCACCAUUUUGCCUCUUGACUUUUACGAGGUCUCCAACUAUGUGAAGUCCCAAGGCGGAAGUCGCUUUAAGCUGGACACGCUUGGUAUAGGAGGGCAACCUGUAAGGAAAGAUCAGAUUGCAGACAUGCUCGAACUCUUUGAAAAGGUCGUAGUUACCUAUGGCGCUACAGAGUUUGGGCUUGUCAGUGCCUCUACAUUGACAGAGGCCAAUGUUGAAGACUUUUUCUCUGGGAAACCUUUGGACGAAAACAACGUCCGUGUGGUGAACAAAGACCAACAGAACUGCAAGACAAAGGAAGUGGGGACCAUCCAUGUCAGAGGUUCCGGUGUUUUCACGGGCUACUUUAACAAACUGGAGGAGACGGACAAAAACACUGCCAAGGCCUUCACGACAGAUGGCUGGUUCAACACAGAGGACAACGGGUUUUUCGACGAACAGGGAAAUCUUUACGUUCUUGGCAGAGAGAAGGACAUCAUCAUGUACGGCUCUUUCGUUGUCUACCCGGGAUGGUUAGAGAGAAAGAUGGUGGCUCACCCUGAUGUAGCUGAUGUCGUGGUGGUGCCCAUAUUGGAAGAGUUUCCUAUGACGUCGACGGGUAAACCACACAAGCAACUAAUGAAAAAGAUGGCAGAAGAACGAUUUGGGCAAACUGUGAAAUAAACUCACUAUUUUCCACU